AUGUUGUCGUCCUCCACCGCCGCUUCCGUGGCCGCCGGGUCAGAGGCGGCAGCCGCGCCGAGGAAGCUGCCCGUGCUGCUGUUUGACGUCAUGGACACCCUCGUCCGGGACCCGUUCUACCACCACAUCCCCGCCUUCUUUCAAAUGUCCAUGAAGGAACUACUAGAAAGCAAGCAUCCAACGGCUUGGUCAGAAUUUGAGAAAGGACUGAUCGAUGAGAAUGAGCUGGCCAAAAAGUUCUUCAAUGAUGGCAGAUCAUUUGAUUUGGAAGGUCUAAAAGAGUGCAUGGUGAGAGCAUAUGAAUACAUUGAUGGCGUCGAAGAUAUUCUUUGCUGUUUGAAGAAAAAUAAUUAUGAAAUGCAUGCUUUUACAAAUUAUCCAGUAUGGUACCAAUUAAUUGAGGAUAAGCUAAAGCUCUCAAAGUAUUUGUCUUGGACAUUUUGUUCUUGUAAAACUGGAAAGCGCAAACCUUCGCCGGAGUUUUAUCUGCAAGCUGCAGAUCAACUCAAUGUUGAUCCAGCAAGCUGCAUUUUUAUUGAUGAUAGGAUGAUAAACAUUGAAGCAGCUCUUAGUGUAGGAAUGGUUGGGUUGCAGUUUAAGAGUGCUGAGGCACUACAGAAGGACUUGUGUGCUCUGGGAGUUGAAUUAUCUCCUCUUGUUUGCGAAGGUGAAGCACAACUUACGUGGCAAUCUGUCGAAGGUGAUGAUCUCUUCCAUUGCUCCUUCUCCAUGGACUUUUUCAGUCUGUGCUCUCGAGAGGGAGUCCAGAAGGAGAAGGCCGGCGAGAAGGUCGGCGAGAUCGAGUUCGCGAAGAAGAUCCAAAGGCCGGUAAACGCCGGGGAAGGGGAAGGGGUCGGGGACUUCGGAUGCGAGUUGGCGGUCAUGGUGGUCGUCGUCGCGCCGUCGAUGCUCCAGUGGCCCCUACGCCACCGCCGGGACCCGUCUGCCCCAAGCACGUGUUGGGACCAUGUCCGCCAUGGUUGCCACCGUACCGCGACGAGCACGGCCACGGCCCCGGCCCCUGCCCGCUUCGAGCUCCUCCUGCCCCACCAGCCCCGGAUGCCGCCGGUCCUUCUAACUGGGCCGGCCCCAUGGCGAUGGACAUUGAGCCAGCGCCUCCACGGCCGACUCCGUCCCUCACUGUGGCAGGCUUGA